AAAAACAAUUAUUCUGAAAUAAUACUUUAUAGUAACAGAAGCAGUAAUUCAUUUUCAAUAGAUACAAUAUUAUAUUAUUAUGUGAUAAAAAUAAUUUAGUUCAUAUUGAUUAUUAUUAGGUAGUAAGUUUUAAUAAAACCGUGUAACCGGUAACCUCAACAUGAGCGAAUCAUCUUGUUAUAUUCUGGAUAAUGGAGCGUAUACAGCUAAAGUUGGUUUCUCCACAAUGGAACCGAAAGUAGUCCCCAACUGCAUAAUGAAAGCCAAAUCUGAAAGACGUCGACCUUUCGUCGGAUCGCAAAUUGAAGAAUGUCGUGAUGCGUCAGGUCUAUUCUACAUCCUACCCUUUCAAAAAGGAUUUCUUGUUAAUUGGGACACCCAAAAAACAAUUUGGGACUUUAUAUUUAGCAAAGAAUGUUGUCCAGUGAACUUUAGUGAGACUCCUUUGAUCAUUACUGAGCCAAUUUAUAAUUUUUCAUCAAUACAAGAAGCUAUAACGGAAAUAUUCUUCGAGGAGUAUGAAUGCCAAUCAUUAUUACGUAUAAAUGCAACAGAUUUGGCUGAAUAUCACUAUAGAAAGACACAUAAUAAUGAAUGCACUGUAGUGGUCGAUUCAGGUUAUAGUUAUACAUAUAUAGUGCCUUAUAUUAAGGGUAAAAAAUAUAAAGAAGGUAUACGAAGGAUUGAUGUUGGUGGGAAAGUGUUAACGAACCAUUUGAAAGAAAUUCUAUCAUACCGACAAUUAAAUGUUAUGGAAGAAAGUUAUGUAAUCAAUCAGGCCAAAGAAGAUUCUUGCUUUGUUUCACAAGAUUUUAUGGCUGACAUGGAAAUAGCAAGGCGGAAAGGGUCGAGUAAUACUAUCGUCAAAGAUUACGUACUGCCCGAUUACACAACAAUAAGGAGAGGAUAUCUUCGAGACAUUGUCAAACCCGAUGAGGACUUGGAACAACAGACAUUACGUUUAAACAAUGAACGGUUCUCUAUACCAGAGCUUCUAUUCAGGCCCUCAGAUGUGGGAAUACCUCAAAUGGGAAUACCAGAAGCAAUAAUGCAUUCGAUUGACGGAUGUCCAGAAGAAAACAAGGAGAGUUUGUUAGAAAAUAUAGUUUUGUAUGGUGGCAACACACUCUUUCCUGGAUUUCGUGAUCGCGUUUUCAACGAAGUUAGGGCUUUUGCAUUAGACCAUUUUGAAGUUAAUGUCACUUUGGGGGAGAAUCCUGUGACGUAUGCGUGGGAAGGGGGAAAAUUAAUGUUUAGGGACCCUGACUUCUACUCCUUCUGUAUGACCAGGGAGGAAUAUGAAGAAGAAGGGAAAGCGCUAGCGUUUGAAAGAUUCGAUAUAUAGCGGCGUAAACGAGCAAGGAAGUCUUCGGAGUAGACUCUUUGCUCGGUAAACGAUUGACGAAUGAAAUGCAUGAGUUGGUAAUGUAAAAGCAGGUCUUCACAUUUAUAGAUUUUCUCUAAAUAACCUUACACUACAAUAACUAAAUAGCAUCCCAUAUAAGGAAAAAGAUCAGCUUGUCAGUUACAGUAUAUGGAGGUACAGUAACAAUUAUUAUUUAUGUACUAUUUAAAUGGAAAAACACAAAAUAUAUCGAAAAGGCUAGCCAGAGUACUUAAAAAUUGGAUUUUCAGGUCACUGAUGAUUGUACCCUUAAGAUCCCUUAUCAGAAUGUACGGAAUCAGAAUGUAUCACGCGAUCUACUCGGAAAACUCUGACGUCACCGCAAAUAGACAUUGACGCUGUAAGAAAUAUUAACCAUUCCUUACAUCAUGAAUGCGCUUGCACAAUGCACCAACCUUGAGAACUGAGAUGUGAUGUCCCUUAUGCCUGUAGUUACACUGGUCACUCACCCUUCGAACCAGAACACAACAAUACUAAGUAUUUUCGGUUAGUGGUUGCAUAAGUGAUGAAACCUAUCCCAACCACCAAGAGUUUGAGAUUCAUAAGAGUUAUGCGUUACUGAACUGAUAUAUAAAAAUCUAAGGUUAUUUAAACAACUAGCAGUGGGCCUGCUUAAAAAUGGAAUGUUGAGAAUU